AUGGGCCGCGCCGAAGUAGGCAGCACAAAAUGGGUCUCGAACCAACAAAAAUCCAAAGGCCUCGGCCGCCUACGCUGGUACUGCCAAGUCUGCGAGCGCCAGAUGCGCGACGAGAACGGCUUCAAGAUGCACGUACAGAGCGAGUCGCACGUGCGGCAGAUGCUCGUCGUGGGCGAGGACCCCAAAAAGGCCAUCAACGAGUUCAGCACACAGUUCAACCGCGACUUCCUGCAGCAGCUGCGCACGUCGCACGGCACAAAGGCGGUGCACAUCAACCACUUUUACCAAGAGUACAUCGCCAACAAGGAGCACGUGCACAUGAACGCCACGAGGUGGCCCAGCCUGACCGAGUAUGCCAAGUACCUCGGGCGGGAGGGCAUCUGCCGCGUCGAGGAGACGGACAAGGGCUUGCACAUUGCGUGGGUCGACAAUAGCCCCGAGGCGCUGAAGCGGGCUGAGGCGAUCCGGAAGAAGGAGAUGAUGGACAAGGGGGAUGAGGAGCGGGAGUUGCGGAUGAUUCGGGAGCAGCAGAAGCGCGCUGAGAGGGCCGCGGAGGAGAGGAGGAAGGGGAAGGGGGCGCCGGAUGUGAAGAAGAAGGGGUUCAGGCUUGAGGAUGGCGAGAAGAUCAAGCUGUCAUUCGGCGUAAAGCCAGCUGAGAAAAAGGCCGAUACACCACCAGAGUCCAAACCCGGCACGCCAGCAGCAGAAGUAGCAGCAGAUGAUGAUGAUGACACCACCAACAAAAAGGACAUAGCAGAGCCAGCAAAGCCCGCAGAGCCAUCGAAGCCGGGGGGGGGUUUCUCCCUGGGCGCGAAGCCUCAGCCGAAGAAUGUCUUUGCCCAGGCCAAGAAGAAUGCUCUGUCGGGCGGCGCCAAGAAGUCGUUCAAGAUCGAGCAGCCCAAGAAGAUGAGCGAAGCAGAGAGGAUCAUGCGGGAGGAGAUGGAGAGGAAACGGGCGCGGGAACCUGCGGGAGGUGGUGGGUUGGCUGGGAGAGGAACGAACAAGAGGCCUCGUUUUGGCUAG